CGACUCGAUGCCCAAGUACUCCUCGCCGCCGGUGGUGCAGGCCGUCUUUGCUUCGGGUCAGGCGCCGCCUCACUCGCUCGUCGCGGCGCAGGAGCAGGAGCAACACCUCGAGCCGUACGCUUCCGUCGAGGAGCGCCGCCGUGCCUGGGAGUCGGGCAUCCAGCGCUUCGCCUAGAAGCAAGCCGGCUCGCCAUGCUCCCUUGCCUCGCCCUGUCUGCUUCGCCUCCCUCUUUGCCACUCCUUGCCCUCCUCCUGCUCACUCAUCUACCUCACGUCAUUGUACUCUCCUACUACACGUCUCAUGCACGGUCUGCUCUUCGUCCUACCGCGUGUGCACGGCUCGACUUGGUCGAAGCUGCAAGCUCCGCGCCCCGACGCAGCAGCGAGGCGAGCUCCACGUGCACCCGCAGCAGCGGCCCCUCUCCCUAUCUCGGGCUGCGCCCACCGCCACAAUUGGCAUUGCAACUCCUCGCCGCUGCUCCUCCACGGCGCAGCGGAGUUGCAUCGCCCGACGCCCGAUGCGCCGACGCCGGCCCCGCAGUCGCACGGCGGCAGCCUGAGGAUGAGGUGACCGGCGGCGCGUGGCGUGCGCAGGGCGUGGCCAUGGCGCCAUCCGAUGCUGCAGGCGUGGGAGCAAGGCACGAGCGCCGCCCAGGGUGCUGCAGCACGAGCGCAGGCACGACGCCGCCUCAGCCCCACCACACACCCCUCAGGCGCCCGCUGCGGCCGAUACGCCCGUACAGGAGAGCUGACGACAUCUUCCAAGCAUGCGCUAGGUCCCGGCAAGCGUCUCCCCUGCGGCGGAAGGCGUCCUUGCUGCUGCCCACCAGCGUACGCACGCCUGCCUCGCCGCCUCCGCACAGGCACGCGACACGGCCCGCGCCGCCGAGCCACGAGGGCCCAGGGACGGCGGCGGAGCAGCUCAUGGCGCAUGCGAUGGCGCAGCGUCGUGCCUGAUGCCUCCCUACUAUCUUCCCGCUGCUAGUGCUUGCGUGCGCAGCGGCAUGGCGCAGCCGGGCGUGCCUGGCUCACGGCACGGGGUUGUGACUCCGCCGCUGGCUGCUGGACCGCCUCAUCACGCAAACGGCCGAC